AUCCUAUAUUGAGUUCUCUGCCUAAUGUCUCCUAAAGAAUGACGACACAAUUUUACAAUACAACGUUUGCAGUGUGCAUUGAAGAAAGUGUGUACACAACAAAUAUAGGUCGGGACCCCAGUACAUAACGACGAAUGGAUUUAUAUUGAGGUAUAUUUUAUCGCUUUUCAACAUGUGUGUGGCAGCUUGUACGGGGGAGUGAAAGGGAACAGCCAUAAUACUUUCGUUGGUGUGUGGAUUACCUGGGCUGCAGCAGGUGAAGCAUGUUUCACCUAGAAUAUCCACAAUUCCGUGGAUUUUUUACCUGGGAUGAACAAGGGUGCCUUGCCAGAGCCUUAGGGUUUCCUAUUGACCUGUUCAAAGACAACUUGGCAGAUGAAAUUGAACAAGAAGAACAUGGACUUUGUAUUAAGGAAGUGUAUAAAAUGUUGGAUAAUCGGCUUCUGGAGCGAGCUGUUCAUCGAACACAGAACCUUCAUACAGCAGAGUGGAACAUGAAUGCCAUUCGAAAGGCUGUGGCCCUGCUUGACCACCGAGCUAUUUCGUUUGAAGAUUUGUACAACACACGAAUAGCCUACCAAGCAUAUGAGGGUUUUGAUAUGAUGGGCCUUCAUCUGGAGAAACAGACUCUACUCAACACCCUCAAGAUGUGUGGUCGAAGUAUUGCUCCAAUGAAGCUACUUAACAGGGUGAAGCAUAUGACCCACCUGUUGGAGGAGAGAGGCCGCAUCCAGCUCUACGAGUUUCUAGAUCUAGUCAUGUGGUGUGGAAACUAUGAAAACUACUCACCUGAAGAUAUUGCAUUUCCAUCUGGAAAAGACAGAGAUCUUUUCAAGCUUGUGGACUUUGAGAAGCUUCUUUCCCACCAUGAUGAACGCCUUGCAGAAAAGUUGAAUAAUGAGUACCUCCUUGAGGAAUGGGACUUUGGUAAAGAACAUCUUGGAAGUAGCCAUAUGUUUAAAGAUCCUCCGGUGAGGUGUGCUGAAGAUCGUAUCAACAUGAUACAGGAUAGCAGUUUGUCGGACCUCUUCCAUGAAUGGACACAUCAGACACGACGACAGAAGCGACUGUACCGUCACCUUAAGUCAGAGGUGAACAAUUCUCAGCGAGGGGUGUACCGCGCUAAGGCAGGCUAUAUUCGUGAACGUCCUCUCACUGCGCCAGAUCUAUCAAUGUAUAGACCCAAGGAUACAUCUCCAGCCGCCAUCAAUUUCUCGGCCCAAACAGCCUACCAGAUGAUCCAGGAUAAAGUCAAAUCAGGCAGACCAGGUGAUACUGCGAUGACUGAUACAUCAGAUCGCCCUCUGUAUGUGGAGGCCGAGCCUGUGGAGAAACCUUGUGGGAUUACUGAAGACGAUCUCCAUGACGCACAAAAAAAGUUUGAAGUUUUACAGUUUGACAUGGAAACCAUUGACGGCAGAUUCCAGAUCAUGAAGGAUGAUACAAUGGAUGUGUACUACCCUGGUCAUAAACAGAGACACCAAGAAGAUGCUAAUGUGCCCAAGCCUCGACCAAAGUCUGAAAUACCUAAAUCAUGUAAGAAAGAGGAGAUAAAGAAAGAGCGGCCGAAAUCCGAGUCUCAUCUGUUACAUCUACGACAGACGGAACAUUCCGCCACCAAGUCAGCCCACUCCGACUCAAGUGUCUGCCACACCAAGCUGUCUGCUGCAAGAUUCAGAAUACAGCAUGAAAUGAAGGCAAAAAGAAGUAAUCACAGUGUGAAAACAUCUUUGUCGUGUCAGGGACGUCUUCAGGAAAAUACUUCCAAGAUGGCUGCAAUGCAAAAGGUCAAAGGUGACUUCACCGAUCAACCCACAGACAAGCUGACUGGAGAGAUGACAGUUCACGAGUCACGUCCCUCUACCGCUCCAGUCAAAAUCAACUCUGAUUCCAAUAACAAUGCUAGCGAGUCAAAGGAGUUUACAGCAGCAGAGAAAGAUCUGAGUCCUGCAGAGUCUUGUAAGACUGAUCUGAGUAGUGCAGAGUCUUGUAGAACUGUGGACACAGGAUACUCAAGUUUUGAUGACAGGAGUUCAACUUCAAGCACAAAGGAUUUAACCAGUUUAAAAUCUAAAAGAGAAAAGGUGAAUACCUCGGCCAUUGGUUUUAAAGCUGAGUCAGACUCUAAAAAAUAUUCUCCGCGCCAUAGUCAUUCAGCUACCUCAAGUAGGAAAAGUAGUACCAAAAAUGACAGUCAGUUGAAGAAGGCUACAAUUGAAAUAGUUCCUCACAUGGAGCAUAGCAAGCCUCGCCCUGUCAGUGUUGGGGGGAUGGGGACCAUAUCUUUACUGGAAAAUAUCUCGGAGGUGCGAUACUGGGAGGACGUUUACAACGUAGAGGAUGAAUCUGGCACCGAUGACCGUGACACUCCUACAUCUAUAGACAGCGGAAUAGGUCGUCGCCAAAGUUACGAACUCCAGUCUAGUCUUUCUCUUCUUAAACAACGACUCAGCGAACAGACACUUCUUACCAAGUCAAAGACCAAACAGGCGAAGAAGAAACCAAAUCAAGAUCAAGUUUCGUGUGAUAUGCUUGAAAAAGAAUUGAGAAUCAAAAGACAAAGACGAUCACAACAGCCCAGCUUUAAUAGAACAAAUCAGAAUCUAGUCCAAAACAGUAGCUCAGAAUCCUCGGUCAGAAAUGGAAGUUCCUCAAAGUCUAGAGGUGAGAUAGGGGGUCGGCAGACUGUCAAAUCUGGUGAUAGGAAGGUUCCGUCUACCCAAAACAAAUCCACAGUCCCUCAGUCUAACCGCAAACCUUCAGUCUCUAACCAAAUGUCAUCACUCCCUAACCAGAAGUCUGGUGACAAAAGGGAGACUUAUUAUUAUUCAAACAAUGUAAAAAAUUCAAGAGAGGAUGACAAGAUGUCAAAUGUGAUGAAUAAAAAUCCCAAAGUUGGACGUCUUGUGAAGCGAGGUGAGGGCUUGCUCUCCACAGAUCUGAUGAAGAAAUUGAUCUCAACUUUAGCCUAAAGUUUUUAGUCAUAGCUUUGACAGUAACAUACAUGAUAUAUCUUUGUCUUUGGAUAUCUGGACUGAUUUAUUGUCAGUCAAAAGUAUAUUUGAUCAUUUUUUGAAGAAUUAUCAGCUUUACAAAUCUGGGAGUGACUUUGUAAUCUUUUGUGUAAUUGUAAAUGUAUGAAGGGAUAUUCAUUAGGUUAGUUUUCCCAACAUAGUACAGAAACAUUCACUGGGGUAUCAGUAUCAGACACCAUGUGUUGAGUGCUUGUUCAAUCUGGGCUCGGCAAGUGCUUGUUCAAAUCUGGGCUCAUCAAGUGCUUGUUCAACUCUGGGCUCGGCAAGUGCUUGUUCAACUCUAGGUUCAUCAAGUGCUUGUUCAACUCUAGGUUCAUCAAGUGCUUGUUCAAAUCUAGGUUCAUCAACUGCUUGUUCAAAUCUAGGUUCAUCAAGUGCUUGUUCAAAACUGGGCUCAUCAUCAGGUGCUUGUUCAACUCGAGGUUCAUCAAGUGCUUGUUCGACUCUAGGUUCAUCAAGUGCUUGUUCAACUCUAGGUUCAUCAAGUGCUUUUUGAAAUCUGAGCUCAUCAUCAAGUGCUUGUUCAACUCUAGGUUAAUCAAGUGCUUGUUCAACUUCAGGUUAAUCAAGUGCUUGUUCAACUCUAGGUUCAUCAAGUGCUUUUUGAAAUCUGGGCUCAUCAUCAAGUGCUUGUUCAACUCUAGGUUCAUCAAGUGCUUGUUCAACUCUAGGUUCAUCAAGUGCUUUUUUAAUUGUUCAACUCUGGGCUUAUCAAAUGCAUGUGCUUGUAAACGCUUGGGCUCAUCAAUGCUUGUUAUAUCAUCCUUUCAGUGAAAAUGUCCGGUAUAUGACAUUGUUUCUUCAUCAGAUUUUAAAUACUGAUGUGUUUUUAGUCAGUUGAAUGUCGUCAAAAUGUUAAUUAUUAAGGAAAAGUUUGGGAAUGUUAGUUAUUGAUUGUAUUAAUGUUAUAUUAUUUGUGAUGAAUUUGUUGAUUAUGUUUGUCAAAAACUACCAACAACAUUCUAAUCAUUCCAACCUAUAGGUACUUCACUCAAUAUAGAGCACAGGUUUUUAAACUGUUAUCAGGAGACACUGAAGCAGAAACUUACCAUUUCAUCAACUCUUAGAGGAUCAUGUUUGAAAUUCUUUGUUAUUUAGUUCCGCUUUCAUUUCCUACUUUAAAUAUAGUAUAAACCCAACAACAAACAUAUGCAUUCGUUUUCAAAUCUGAAAUUCUGCUUGUCAUACAUUGACUUAAUCAAACAAUCCGGGGACCAUGAUAUAAUGUAUACUCCAAUAUACAGGUAACUUCCAAUUGAUUUCUGAACAACUAUUUUGCCCUUGAUAAUUUUUUCCACAAUUAUCUGUUCCAGAGUAAUGAUUUGAUUACUUGAACCAUAAGAAAUCAUCCAGAAUGUAAAGUAGACCUCUUGUAAUUUAAAUGAGGAUUAAAACACAUCUUUUUUUAAUGUAUAUGACAUUAACUCAUGGUAAAGAGAAGUGUUUUUCCUAUACCAUCAUAAAUGAUGCCUUUCAAAGCUUAGACCAUGACCUGUGUUUGUGUAAUAUCAUAGUGUUUGUGUAAUAUCAUAGUGUUUGUGUAAUAUCAUAGUGUUUGUGUAAUAUCAUAGUGUUUGUGUAA